ACUGACAUUGUGGCUAGCUGCGCCUUUGGGACGCCGAGUGAUUGCGAUAACUUGAUAAAACUGAUAAGAUAUUCGUAUUUUGUACCUACAUCAUAUCUAGCACACGUCAAGUAAGCGUCAGUGCUACGAGGAAACCCGCACGAAGAGUCUCAUAAAAUCUAGUCAAUCGCUGACACUCUUUUGUUUUAACGGCGAUCUUGAAUGUGUUAAACUUUGUUUUGUGAUUUUGUGGUGGUGUUGUGAAGUGAGAGGACAAGCUGUUGGAUGGAACAGGAGUGAAAGGGAGGCAGGAUGUGUGUCGGCGCGAGAGCGGCGCACGCGCUACAGCAUGUAAACCUGCUGCUUGUGCUGUUCGCGGGCGCCGCUUUAUCCACGGGCGCUCGCCUCCGCUGGGACCCGACCCUCUACAUUGCGAUCCGAGAGCUGCUUCCGUUCGAGUACCGAGUGCUGGCGGGGGCGUUACCGUCCGCAGGGGCCGCGUUACUCGCCGCGGCUCAUCUAGCCAUCGUGGCCUCCCAACACAGGCCCAAGAGAAUCCUGCUUUACACGUAUGCAGGCCUAAUGACUCUUGGGAUGGCACUGGAGAUAGCACUCGGAGUCUGGGUGUACUCCCGCAUAGUGGACUUCUUGAAUUCCCCUGCGGCCGAGGAGAUGGAGCAUAUCCUGGCCACGAGGGAGCACCUGGAACCGCUGCUGCAGCAUUUGUCGCGGUGGCACAAGAUACCGGAGCAUCUUAGUGAGCUUGUCAAGGAGGCAGAAGCAGACGCCCCCUGGAACGGCUACGUAGCUGCCGCACUCCUGGUGGCGCUCUUCCUCCUCCAGCUCUUGGGCGUGGUGUUCGCAAUACUGGCGGCGCGCGCGCCGGCCAAGGACAUACGUCAUGUGCAUACCAAGUAUACAAACGGGGGGCUGUCGGCCAGUCGCGUGUCGCUUGUGGAUUCUAUCAGGUAUGGCGGGCAAAUAGCCGCUCAGCAAUGCAAGCUCGUAAUAGUUUGGCUCUCUCUGGACAGAAGCAGCCUCAGCGGCCGGAGCCGAAGCAACGUGAACGUGGUCCCGCAGACGCCGGCCAGCGUCAGGAGUUACCGAAGCGGACGGAGCGGCGACGAGUACGCGCCGCUGAAGGCUAAAUACAAGAACGGGGUUCUUGUGCCGAUAUGAAAGAAAGUUCGCCCAACCUCCUAAGACCCAGAGUCAUUUUUGCAGUUUUGAAUUUGGAACCUUCUUUUAUUCCAUUAUAGUUCAAAAUUCGAUUUUCAUUUGUUCAUUUUAAAGGAACUCAGGACUUAGGAGGUAAGACUUAUAGGCUUAACAGGACAUAGGUACCUACAUACUUGAGAAUGACUCUCGAUCUCGAGGCAUGUCGUAUUUCAGAGCACUAUUUUAGUGUCAAUAAGAUUGAUUUAGUGAUUAAGAGUGA